AGCAUUUUAAUGCAAAAGUGGAGAUUUACUCUUUCGAAAUAAGAAAGACUGUUGUGACAGUUCCAUAAACAAUUUGUUUGGCGGCAAGCAAGGUUUCUCCGGCACUGAUCAGGAGAAAUGGGUCGGUGUCGAGCUGCGUCGCGCCCUGCCGACGAUGAUCCCAACCACAGGUCAAAGAGAAAAAAAGCUGCUCUGACUGUAGAAAAUUCAGAAACUUUACCUACAGGCCAAGGGAUAACUAAUAGCAAGGUAUCUCUUUAUCACUGUAAUUAUUGUAACAAGGAUAUUUCGGGGAAGAUUCGCAUCAAGUGUGUUUUGUGUCAAGAUUUUGAUCUCUGCAUAGAGUGCUUCUCUGUUGGUGCUGAGGUGACACCUCACAAAAGCAAUCAUCCAUAUCGGACUAUGGAUAAUCUAUCUUUUCCACUUAUGUGUCCAGAUUGGAAUACAGAUGAAGAGAUGUUACUUUUAGAGGGCAUUGAAAUGUAUGGAUUUGGGAAUUGGAAUGAAGUUACUGAGUAUGUCGGAACAAAAAGCAAAUUUCAAUGUAUUGAUCACUACAAUGCUGUAUAUAUGAACUCACCAUGUUUUCCUCUCCCUGAUUUGUCUCAUGUUAUGGGAAAGAGCAGAGAGGAACUCUUUGCAAUGGUGAAGGGACGUGAAGUCAUGAAAGAAAUUCCUCUAACUGCAGAGCUUACUCUGAAAGAAGAAAUUCCCUUCUCUGAUGGAAUAAGCUACGAAGAGUCGAAGAAGGCAGAGAUCUAUAAUCAAACAAUGUCUAGGUUAACCUCAGAAUGUGGCAAAGCUUACUCAAGUACAAUUAAGAAGGCUUCCAAUGUGAGCCAAAAUAAUGACGGAGUUAAGAUGGAAGAGUCUCAAGCAGAUCGGAGCAUUGGAGAGAAGAAACCUAAAUUAUCUGGGGAAGAUAGGCCUUCUAUGACAGAGUUGAGUGGAUACAGUUUUAAGAGAGAGGAAUUUGACAUUGAAUAUGACAAUGAUGCAGAGCAAGUGUUGGCAGAUAUGGAAUUUAAGGACACUGAUACUGAAGCCGAACAUAAAAUGAAACUGCAUGUGCUUCAUAUCUACUCAAAAAGGUUAGAUGAACGGAAGCGCAGAAAGAUAUUUAUACUCGAAAGAGAUUUACUUUAUCCUGAUCCUUUUGAGAAAUCUCUCUUGCCUGAAGAGCUUCAAAUAUGUCAGCGUUACAAGGUCUUCACACGGUUUCACUCAAAACAAGAGCAUCUGGAUUUGCUAAAAACUAUUAUUGAAGAACACAGGCUGGUCAAAAGAAUACAAGAUUUACAGGAAGCCCGAAUUGCUGGCUGUGUAACUGCUGCUGAUGCUUAUCGAUUUAUUGAACAAAAGAGGACAAAGGAAGCUGAAUCGAGUGCCUGUAAAGAAAGUGGUCAGAUUGGAACAAGUGCCAAGACAUUACUGAGGCCAAAUUAUCUCAAAGGAGAACUUGAUACUAGUCCGCGGGGCCUUCAAAAGGGGACUUCAGCUUUAUUUGCUGGUGCCAAGGAUUCACCUGCUGCCAUACAAACCAUCACAAGGUCGCUAGAAGAGUGGGAUAUCAGUGGAUUUGCUGGGGCUGAAUUACUAUCCGAAUCUGAGAAAAAGCUUUGUAACGAGAUCAGAGUUCUACCGUCGCACUAUCUCAACAUGCUGCAGACCAUGUCAUCCGAAAUUUCAAAGGGCAAUGUGACCAAUAAAUCUGAUGCACGUACACUGUUUAAGGUAGAGCCAAGCAAGGUGGAUAGAGUCUACGAUAUGCUUGUGAACAAAGGAGUUGUGCAAACAUAGUGAAAUGCUAUGUAAUGGUUAUAAAGCCACUUUUUUACAUUUUUCUUCGUCUUCUCCUUUCUCCCAUUAAGAUAUAAUUAGAUAAACACCUGUGUGAUAUGCAAAAACAAAUGAUUAUAUUAUAUUAUUAAGAUUUAUGUGUCUGUUGUUGGUAGACAGUACAUCCAAUUGUGGCAUUUGUUCAUUAGCAAUCAUUUCAUUUGCCCUGUAAUGCAUACUAAUUAAAUGUAAAAAAACGAUAUCAAACUUUAAAAUGUUA